UGUGAAUGAUAGUUAGAAUUAAUUAUUUAUAACAAUGGUGUUACAAGCAGAAUAUGGAUUACGCUUUUUUGGAUUUUUACAAAGACUUUUAUCGUAUUUGUUUAUGCCAAUAUAUUGGUUUUAUGAGACAAAACCGACAGUGCGUAUCCCAUCAAUUAAAAAUCCUUUAUUACUAAAAAGUGCAACAAAAUUAGCCGAAGAAAUUCGAAAACAAACUAUUAAAAGUGAAGAUGUAGUUCGAGCUUACAUUCAACGGAUACGUGAAAUAAAUCCAAUUCUGAAUGCAGUUAUCCAGGAUAGAUUUGAUAGCGCAAUUCAAGAUGCCAUCAAUGUUGAUAAGUUUAUUGAAUCUAAACAGAAAACUAUUGAAGACUUAGAAAAAGAACAACCGUUGCUAGGUGUACCAGUUACUAUUAAAGAAAGUUGUGGUGUAAAAGGUAUGAGUCAAACCGGUGGCAGUUUACAUCGAAAAGGAGUUGUAGCCGAAAAUGACGGAACAUCAGUAUCAAAACUUCGAAAUGCAGGUGCCAUAAUUUUAGCAGUUACCAAUACACCAGAAUUAUGCUUGAAUUGGGAAACAAAUAAUUUAUUAUUUGGUAAAACCGUAAAUCCGUACAAUAUAAAUCGAACCCCUGGCGGAUCUUCUGGUGGGGAAGGUGCGUUAAUGGGUGCUGGAGCAUCGGUAAUAGGUCUUGGAUCUGAUGUGGCUGGUUCAAUUCGCAUACCUGCAAUGUUUAAUGGUGUAUUUGGUCAUAAACCGACUGCUAAAACAGUAUCGAUUGAGGGCCAUUAUCCAACUUCGACAGAUGAAAUGCUACACAAUUUUUUAACAUUGGGACCUAUUACUAGAUAUGCCGAAGAUUUACGGCUCAUGAUGAAAGUAUUAGUUUGUGAUAAUACCUUAUUGCCUGAAUUACGAUUGGAUGAGAAGGUCGAUGUGUCAAAGUUGAAUGUUUUUUACAAAUUAAACGCUGGAAAAUCAAUAGUACAGGUUCAAGUAACAGACGAAAUAGAAAAUAUUACGCUUCAAGCCGCUAAAUACCUUAAAAGUAUUGGUGCAAAUGUUUCAGAAUCAACGAUUAAUAUGCAAUAUACAGUAGAAUUAGGCUGCGGAAAUUUCGGAGCAAUACAAAAUUUACCAGAUUUAUUGCAGAGCCGUGAAAACCCAAAAGAAUAUCGAAAUAUCUUCAUCGAAAUUGGAAAAUCCUUAUUGGGGUUAUCAGACAUUUCAUUGAGCGCUCUACUAUUUCAUUUCCUAUUAUAUGUAAACUUUUUUAUUCCACGAUCAAAAACUCCAUUCUAUCAAAAAGAACUAACAAAUAUGUUAGAAGAAUUCAAGGAUAUGUUAAAAGAUAAUGGAGUACUUUUAUACCCAACUUUCCCAGUUCCAGCUGUUUUGCAUUAUCAAUUAUUUCUUAAAACAGCGGGUGUAUUAUAUACGAUGAUAUUUAAUACAUUAGGUAUGCCUGCCACACAUGUGACAUUAGGUUUUGAUAAGUCAGGAUUACCAAUUGGUUGUCAAGUGGUUGCUGCUCCUGGUCAUGAUAGACUUUGCUUAGCAGUGGCUGAAAAACUUGAGAAGAAAUUUGGAGGAUGGGUGCCCCCGUCAUAGUAUUUUUUAAAUAUUGUAAUAAAUAGCAAAAUAAAUUUAUUUGUUAAACGUAAUUACAUU